AAUUUUAUCACUUUCUUUUCUAGUCUGUGUCGGUGAUGGCAGCUUCCAGACGAGGGGUGAUAUGUUACUGGCCUAGUAUGACCCAUGAGGAGUCCUGCACAGAAAUCGCUCUGGAUCUUGGCAAUGACUGGAAGUGUCUGACUGCUGUAUCGGGUGGUGGAUUUAUUCUCGCUUCUCAGAAGAACCAGUUGCUACGAUUAACACCAGAUGGUUCAGGCAAAGUGAGCUUCCGCCCUGUGCAGGAGGGACAGGGAAUGCUAUCAGGCCUUGGGCGCAGAGUCUCCUCACUCUUUGGCAUUUUGACACCAACUGCUGAUGUUGUGCUGAGUUCUGUAUUGUGGGAUGUGGAAAACGAGUGUUUCUACACACUGACUAAUUCGAGUCUGAAUAAAUGGGAAGUGGAUGAGACAUCAGAACGCCACAUUUUCAGCUGGGACUUGAAUAGAUCAAUGAAACGGGAUCUGGGAGAUUCUAUCUGGGGAGAUGAUGAAAAUUAUGAAGCCACUAAGUCUGCAAUCAAUAUGAGAUAUCUGGACUUGCAGCUGAGCAAAGAGGGUCUGGUGAUUUUGACAGCAGCCUGGAGCCAUACAGAUUCUCCAUGCUUAAUCUACUAUAUUUUAACCACCUUGCAAGAUAAAGGCUGUCACAUAUCUGAUGAAAUAAGAGUGGAGGUCACUGAGUAUUGUCCACCAUAUCAGACGGAUGAGCUACCAUGUCAGCGAUUCUUGAUUCCAGAUUUUGCAAGCCCGGCUGCUUAUCUCUAUACAUACGAUUUGGUAUUUGCAUGCUGCACAGGUACAGCAAGAGCCCGUUUGCCCCAGGAGAAACUUAUCCUAAAUAUGCCAGGUGAUGGUAUCCUGGGAGCUGGAAGUUUUACCGGAUUGCCUGUCCUCUUCUGCAGGAACAGUGGUUUGGUUGUUGCUCGCCCCAAGGAAAGUGUGUCAAUGUUGCCUGAAAAUAUUGAAGAUUCUCUGGCCUUAGCAGCAUCUGAGAGUGAUGCCAGGCAACCAUUUGAAAGAGCAGAGAUGGAGGCACAGGAGGAUAAAACUAAGAUGUUGAAGACUGCCUUUGUGAUGUAUUGCAGAAAGGAUAUCCUUGGUGCCCAGAACAUGUUGGAGGAAAUCUUCCCCGACAGCGUUGACACAGGACCAGACUCUGACCUGGACAUGGCUGUGGCACAGAUCAGUCUCGAUCUAAUUAAUGACUAUCCUGCUUGUGACCCACGCUGGGCUGAGUCUGUACCAAGUGAUGUAAGUAGGUUUAGCAAUACCUCCCUGUUGCUGCUUCACCAGCUUGAAGAUAAGAUGAAAGCCCAUUACUGUCUGAUGGAGUUUCUUCAGGAUGUGGAGCUACUAAGUCGCCUUGACACUGUUCUGGUGCACGGGAUCCCUAUGGCUACCCGUCUCUUGCUGUGUGAACAUGCUGAGAAACUCUCUGCUGCCAUUGUUCUGAAGAAUCAUCACACCAAGCUUCCUGAAGUUGUAAAUGCUGCCAUUAACUGUGCUCUGAGUAAAAGGAAUGAGGGCAUUCCUCAGAAUCUGACCCCAGCUGAUAUUUUCUUCCGGGAGGUCUCCCAGAUUGAUACUGCAUUCGAAUGUUUGCUAGAAGAAGAAGAACAAUUUUUGGAGGAGAACCACCCACUCUCUCUGGAAUGGGCACAGAUGGUUAUUAAUGUUAACAAUAUCUUGAAGGAUAUGUUGCAUGCAGCUGUCCACCAUCGACACAAUAAGAGCUCACUUUAUAAGUCACAAGAAGAGACUGAGCAUGAACCAGAAUACAUUCCCUGGACAGCAUCCAGUGGGCCAUCAGGUGUGAGGUGUGUGAUUUUACGGCAAACUGAUGUUGUUCUGACCAAGGUGUACCCACAAGUCGACACUACUUUACGCAGUGCCCUUCUCGAACAAGUGGUGGUGCUGAUUGAUUUCUAUCUGGAUGGAUAUGUUUGUCAACUCAAGUCAGUGGACAGGCCCAAUCAACAGGAAAGAUACAAUAAACUAGAUUUGGAAUACACCCAGAAACGCACUCAUCUUCUGACACAACUACUUUCUCUUGGACAGUACCAGUUGACUGCUUCACUGGCAGAAAAAUAUUGUGACUUCGACAUCCUGAUACAACUGUGUGAACAGACUGACAACCAGACCAGACUGCAGCGGUACCUGAACCAGUUU